AUAAAUGUCCGUCCCUCCCGCAUUUCGGCUGACAGACAAUCAGAGUUCUGCAUCGCGUCGCGUCUGCUUCUGUUUAUCUCCAAAGUGAAAUGCAGCCAUCAUCAGAAAAGUGAUUUAAUCCUGCGCUUUACAAGAGUUUUUAUGGGUUUGCUUAUUCGUUGGACUUGCGUUUGUUUAGCAUUUUUUGCUUUAUGAAAAACAUGACUGGAGUUUUUGACAGCCUUAGUACAGAUAUGCAUUCAAACCAGAUUACCUCCAGCAAUUAUCACAAUCUGCACAAAUCCCAGGAAUCGCCUACUCUACCGGUUUCUACCGCCACCGACAGCAACUACUAUAAUAAUAACCAGCAGGCCGGACAGUGCACCGGUUCUCCGUACGGCCAGAUCAGCUCUUACCAAUACCAGAACACCAGCAUGAACGGCGUCCAGUAUGGCUUCGGUAAUGCGUUCGGCCCCUACAGCGCGUACGGCUCCUGCUCUUCACCAACUCCUGCAGAUGCUGAAAAAGAAGAAAGUGAACCUGAAAUACGAAUGGUUAAUGGAAAGCCAAAGAAAGUCAGAAAACCUCGAACUAUUUACUCGAGUUUUCAGCUGGCGGCCCUGCAGAGGAGAUUUCAGAAGACGCAGUAUCUGGCCCUGCCGGAGAGAGCCGAACUGGCAGCAUCUCUGGGCCUCACACAAACACAGGUAAAAAUCUGGUUCCAGAAUCGUCGUUCCAAAUUCAAGAAAUUGUGGAAAAGUGGAGAAAUCCCACCCGAGCAGCAUGUGGCCUCCAGCGAGUCUCCACCUCACCACUCACCGCCUCUCAACACGGCCUGGGAGUUCACGCAUAAUCAGAGAAUGAACAAUGCAAACGCCGGUUUGCCCCAGAGCAGCAGCCCCCCGAUCACGACCACCCCUUCCUUUUUGACAAACUACCCCUGGUACUCAUCCACGAACUCUGCAACCCAUUUACAGCCACUACAUCACCAAAACACAACUAUCAGCGCCGGGACAAUAUUUUGAUCAACUUCUUAAAAACUGGGAAAUUCAUAUUGUGAACUUGCAUCUUACUGUAACUAAAGACUUUUAGUCCUAUAUUUAUACAGUGAAACGUCACCUACGCCACGUUGAUUAUAUCUUUUGGCGCGUAACAAUUUCUUUUCAUGCAAUUGUGUCUACAGGCUGACACGAAAGAAUCAAACAUAUACAAUUAUUUUUGUAUUUAUUUAUUUUGUUUCUGGGGGUGGUAUAUCAAUGGAUUCAUUUUUUUAAAAUUGCUAAGUAAACCACUGUUAUCCAAAGCCCAGAGAGCUCACGUGGAUUUAUCGAGUGAAUAUUGCAGCAGGGUAUAUGAUAAUCAUUAAAGCACAUGUAGCACAACCUCAAGCUGUUUGGUGCCUUUUAUAUAAUGACCUCACUGUUCUCAUAUAGAGUAAAUGUGUUUCAUGUGGCUGGCUUUUGUGUUAAUUUUACAUUUAGUAUGCUACAUGAGAUAAGUUGACAAAACGGCAUCAGUCUCUGUACUCGUGUGUUUUCAUCGCAUCAUAUUAAUAAUAUUGCCAUAGGAUAUUACAUUAGGUUGUCACUGUGUUUUUUUUUCUUUUAUUAUUAUUAUUAUUAUUAUGAAUAAUACAUUAUUGUAAAGCACUGGUAAGCUACUGAUGUUCAUGUUCACCUGUAAAAGGAAAUUUUCUCCGAAGUACUUUGUUUUUUAUUUAUUUUGAAAUCUGGAAGAAAUAUUCUGCCACUAAA